AUCUAAAAAUCCAAGCAUGCCCAUCAUCCAAAGCACCUGCAUGUCAAAUGUCCUGCCAAUCCCCAACUCUACGGUUCCACUUCCACCCUAUUCUUUGAGCUGCUCCACCCUCAGCUCCAGAGCUUCUGCAUUCUUUACCAGAAAUAGCAACCCAAUCUUCAAGCCCAAUUACGCUCCUUUCCUCCGUACGAAGCCCCCAAGGGGUGCUCGUUUGGUCAUCCAGGCCGCUGGAACUGAUUAUUAUAAGACUCUCAACGUCCCUAGAAGUGCCACGUUGCAGGAGAUCAAGUCCUCUUAUCGGAAGCUCGCUCGCAAGUAUCAUCCAGACUUAAACAAGGGUGCUGGGGCUGAGGACAAGUUUAAAGAGAUUAGUUCUGCAUAUGAGGUCCUAUCAGAUGAUGAGAAAAGGUCUUUAUAUGAUCGCUUUGGUGAAGCAGGUUUACAGGGAGAAUAUGAUUCUUCGACCAUGGGUUCAACAGGAGUGGAUCCUUUUGACGUUUUUGAUACAUUCUUUGGAGGGUCAGAUGGGAUUUUUGGAGGAAGGGGUGAAUCAGGAGGCUUUAACUUCAAUUUGAGGAACAGGGGAAACCAGGGUCUAGACAUUAGGUAUGAUCUGUAUCUGAGCUUUGAAGAAUCCAUUUUCGGAGUACAGAGGGAAAUUGAAGUUUCUUCGGUUGAGACAUGUGAUAAUUGUGGUGGAACAGGUGCUAAAUCUGAUAAUUGCAUAAAAUCAUGUACUGGUUGUGGAGGAAGAGGAGGGGUGAUGAAAACUCAGAGAACACCAUUUGGCAUGAUAUCACAGGUAUCAACCUGCUCAAAGUGUGGCGGUGAUGGUAGAAUAAUCACUGAUCCUUGCCAAAGAUGCAGUGGCAAGGGACAAGUACAGUCCAAAAGACUUAUGAGUGUGACCAUCCCAGCCGGUGUUAACGAUGGAGCCACAAUGCAAAUUCAAGGGGAGGGAAAUCUUGAUAAAAAAAGGGGUACAGUUGGUGAUGUCUUCAUCGUGCUUCAUAUAGACAGAAAGGCUGGAAUUCAUAGAGAUGGACUCAAUCUGUACUCAAAGAUAAAGAUUGAUUAUACCGAGGCCAUUUUAGGGACUGUUAUAAAGGUUGAAACUGUUGAAGGCUUGAAAGAGCUUCAGAUUCCUUCUGGAAUUCAACCUGGUGAAACAGUAAAGUUGCUGCGCAUGGGGGUUCCAGACAUGAACAAACCUUCUACUCGAGGAGAUCAUCACUUUGUUGUCAAUGUUCUGAUCCCAAAGACAAUCAGUGAUAAGGAACGCGUACUUGUUGAAGAGCUGGCUUCACUAAAGGCAUCUAGAGAAGGUCAUUCAGUUGCUUCCAAAGGCACGGGGACACAAGAUGCGAAUUUUGCCAUGCAUAGAACCAGUGCUUCAAGCCAGGGGACUAGUCGUGUUGCAUCCUUGUGGAACUCAAUAAAGGGCGUACUGGGGAAGCGGCAGUCUUCGUCGGGAGAGGGAUUUGCAUCAAUUGGUGUAGGCAGCCCAUGCCCACCAUUAUUAUUAUGGGAAUCAACGAAGCCAAAUUCGUGUUAUUAUAUGGCCUCGCUGUUUACAGUUUUAGUUGUAACUUGUAUUUGUAGCAUGAUGGGAAAGACCCGUAACCUUACCUUAUUACAACAACGAAGUGAUUCUUCUCCUCCUCAUACAACCAAAACGAACAGCGUAGAUAGAAAGUCUAAAGUCUAACAAAGAUGUAAUGGCCACCUACAUUAUUAUAUAUUGGAUCUCAGGAUUUGCCUUGCCA